AUGGCACCGGUCCCACUCGAUGUCACGAUCCACGAGAAGCCGGUCUUCGAGGAAGUUGAUGCAGAAAUCGUCGUGAUCGCCGGAUGCGCCCUCGGUAAGUGUUAAAUGUGCAGUAUUUAAUGCAUGGCUCUUCUACUAGAAAGAAUCAGUUUUUAUGACGCCAACACACAAACUGGAGCUUUGUGGUCAAUCUUGCAAGAACUGCGGCCUUUACCAUUAUCGCUCGCCAUCAUCCAUCGGGGUGGCUUGUUGUCGUUCUUCCCUUGCACAAACACAAUAAGAAGCAUUCUCUGCCUACAACUUCACGUACUAGAUCAGCAAAAUUUCCAAAAAAAGGUUUCGUCUCAAAAUCCUGUCCACCACACGUGCUGCACAUUGAGAAAAGUUCAGAUCUCGAUCGCAAUGGCAUCUAUGCACUGGAAAUAUGCCUGGGUCUGGAAAAGUGAAAGCUUACGAUUCUAUCGCCGAUCUGCCUGUCACAGACACAAAAGGGAAUAUCAUGCUGUUGAUUUUUUGCCUGACUCUUAGACGUGAACGUUUUUGUAAAGCUGUCGCAGAACCUGUGAUGCUAUUCGCUGCAUGCCAGGCCUUUGAGCCAUGCAAAAAUAACAACUGCAAUCAUCGGCACUCUUCCAGACCACGCAGACAUAUUUGCAUUCGAUAGUAUCCAGAUGGACGACAUUCUGUACCGUGUCAACGGCGUCGAUGUCGGCAAUCCGUUCCUGGGAAAGGAGGAAAUUAUGAAGAGGCUCACGGAAAAGCUGCCACUAACGCUCUCCUUUGUAUUCGAUAAGUCUUUCUUUGAUGUCAUGAUUGGCCGCCAGGAAUCCUAUUUUUAGGCACUAACCAGGAGUGCUAUGUCUAACAAGAAAUUCAUCUAACUCACUAUCGUCAUUAAUAGGUAGCGGUUGCUAGACGAACUUGAACUACUUCUCAUCGUCUUAUACAAGUAUGUCAAAAAUAAUUGCAAGUUGCUAAUCGAAGCGCACCGACCUUGGCUAACCGAUCUUUCCUGCUCAGGUCAAACCCGCUGACGCAGCCACGUUCCUUCCAAAUUACAACAAAGCGGAGGAUGAGGAUGAGGCUGCACCCGCGGCCCCGGCUGCUGACGAGCAAGCAAAGAAGAAAGAAAAGAAGCGCAGAAGGAAGUAUACAGAAAGCUCACAAGAAGAGGAAAAACAAGAGUACAAACAUUUAUAGAUUUCGCUUUUGACCAGUCUUCCAAUCCGGAAAUGUAAACACGAAUUUUCCUUUGUCUUGUCGAGUUCGUAUCCUGCCAGAAAACAUCAUGCGUCACGGUUCUACCUUCCGCUGAUGGUCGUGAUAGACACUGAAAAAUGUAAAAACUGCAGCACGAUGAAAGCGACCAAGGCCAAGCGACACGAUCCCGACCAGGACCAGGACACUAAGUCCGAAGAGGAAGAGGAACACGAGCAGCGGCGCCAAGGCGUGCGCGACGCGUGGACCAUAGACCGGACCUACAAAAGGACCUCGCGGGACCGCGACGGCAGCAACAGUGGGCGCGGGGGCAAAUCGAACCCGAAAGUCGUGCUCGUCGAAAGGAAGCACGUGGUCCAGCCGGGGGUGCAGGUGCAUGGAGUGUGGCACCCCCCGGGCACCGUCCCGCAGUACCUAGCGGACGCCACGAACACCCGCGGGGCCCCGACAAACUACGGUGUGCAACAUGGAGGUGGAAACGUUCCGCAGAACGGAGCAGCAGGACAAGGGGGCAACAACGAUACCGGUAGUUGUACAUAUGAUGAUUAUAUACAGCCGUGCUACUGUUUGUCGUUUUUGCGUCGUAUAGGUCGUCGCUCAUCGCUCUUCUCGUGUAUAUUCAAGAAGACAUCGAUGUAGUACUUAGAAGAUAAGGACAUUGACUUCAACUUCUUCUACAGAAAUUGCUUGCGCACAUCAAAGUAUCCUCUUCAUCGGCUUUGUGCCGCCGGCAGGACCAUGAUCCUGCUGCCGUUGUGCUAAAACUUGAUUGAUGUUACUCGUGCAAAAAUCUUUCUGAACAGAUACGAUAAUGUUGCAAAACUUGCCGGCGCACCUGAGAUCGCUGGUCGCGAUCUCUCCGGUGUUGGCGGAGAUGGGGUUCGCAGACGUGAAGCACAUGCGGGCGAUGAGCAACCAAACCGCAAUGGCCAUCAGUUUUCAUUCCGUCUCUCGAGCGCAGGAGUGUUUGUCGCUCAUCCAGCGACAGGGGCACUUCGCCGGCGACCGCAACAUCCACGUGCGUUUCUACUACCAAAAUCACAAAAACAAAGGACGAGGAAAGGGGGGACGUAGCGGAGGGCCUCAUAACAGGGGUGACAACGAAACGCAAGAGGGCACGAAAGGCGGCGGCAGUUCGGCUUCGAACAACCCGAGAGGUAAGUGUAAGUUUCUGAUCUCAUGGUUGACUGUUCUAUGGUAGGUUUUCUCACGUCGACGUCAGUGAAAGGAUUUAUAAAUAUAUCUUUUACGACAUCAAGAUCAAAUGUAUGUAGAAUUACACGCAGAGUAGAGAAAGACAGAUUUCCUACGAAAAACAGCAUGUGGUUGAGUACGGAAUUUUCUAUUUGGCUCCUGCUGCGCGACGAUACGAGAAAAGCAAAAGCAGAAAUUUUUAUACAGUGAAAACAAUACAUCAUGGAACCUCAGGUGACGCCCGCACCAGUCAAUCUGCCGCAGAGGAUGUGCGAUUCGAGAACCAAACCUUGGAGAGUGAGGAGCUGGCAGCAAAGCGGCAACAAAAACAGAGCCUCGAGGACAAGAAGAAGCUUCUGAUUCAGCACGUUACCGAGCGAAUGCAGCAAGUGCUGCGCCGUCUUAAUGAACCCAAUAUCAGCGAAGAGCACAAGCUGAAGUUCAACGCGCUCUUGCAGGGAUUGAAGGCCAAGCUCACGACACUAUCAGCCACAACCAAAAAAUCCUAUUCGGAAACGGUAAAGAGCAUUUAAGAGAGAAUUUCAAGUUUUAUAGGUGUUGGAUCCACUUGCACGUGCGUAUAAUGCUUGCUCGCGGAAUAUGAGCAAUUAUGUGAAAAGGAUGAAAGUACCUUCGCUUUCACCUGCCUCUGCUGUCGGCAUGAAAUGCAAAGCAGUCGAGAAAGAUGAAGUGGACCUACCCUCUCAGGAAGAUCUCAAUCGUGAUUGAUAUGUCACUCUCACCUACAGAAGCAAAAGGUGAAGCCCACCGCCCUAUGUCUAUGUGUAUAUAUAGAACAAUACCUAAUACAACCGAGACCGACGUUGAUGAUCUUCAACAAUAAACAGGCGUUCGAAGCUGCGAGCGUGCAGCAGCAGUACAGUUUGACGGGGGAGAUGAACCAGAGCUACAUAGCGCAGCACACCCACCAAGAGGGUGCGGAUGGUGACCACACGAAGACCGGCGGGGGCGAGGAGGCGGGCGGCCUCAAUACCAGCACGUGGCGUCUGAAGAUUCACCUGGUUGGGCAAGACCUCGCGAGCACAAACUUGGACGCGCCCGAGGCGCUCAAGCAACAGUGCAAGUUGGAGGAGCUGUUCACCGAGUAUGCGGGGCAGUUUGAGGAUCCGGCCUGGGACGUGAACACUUGCCCGCUGGUGGAAGACACCAAGGGCAAGCCGGACGACUAUGAAGCGGGCAUGGAGUACAUGACCAUCACGGUCAAGUUCAAGGGAGAAACGCAGGAGCAGCAGCAGAUCUCAGCUGAGGCUCUCACGGAGAAGCUCCUUACGCAGCCAAUCUUCGUGCACAAAAAAAUCGCGGUUACCCUGCUGCCCCCCGGCCGUGCGCUGGUCGUAGCGACCCCGUAGGUCCUGGGGAGGUUCUAGUACUCUCCACUUCAGCUCGACGUCGACCUCGACUACAUGAUGUAGUUCUAUAAGGAAAUGAUGACCACGCGUCGUGUCGGCUUGGUGGACCACGUAAGCCAUUUAAGGGAAGGAGAAUCGUAAACGAGUUACGCGACGCAGUCGCCUGGUCACACGUACUACAGUAGCAGGUACAACUGGUAUAGAAGAUGAACAAGAAAGCGACACGCUUCAGUACUAGAGGACCUAUUUACAGUGGAGGAACGAGCCCUGGACGUUCCAUAUUAUCGAAUUUCCGUCCCAGACCGUGGAGGAGCAAAAGAGCAACCAGGAAAUGAACAUGACCACCACUACGUGGAUAGACAAAGACAUGGAUCGAAAAAUAUACUUUGUCGAUCCC